AAUAAUGCGUAUGAGUGAAGAGUGAGACCGCGUGGUUGAGGUGAAAGAAAUGUGACCUUGAAGAGAAAGCAACGUGUCGUGCUUUAAUCUCCCCGCAUUCGCUUAAAGAAUUUUGUGUUGAUAAUAAUCAAACCGAUUCUUAUAUUAUUUCUUUUAUUUUUUUUUUGCUUUUAUUAUAUUAUUUUUAUUCAUUAUUUUUUUUUUUAGUUUGGUUUUUUGUGCACUGUGUUUGUGUUAGUUGUUUGUGCUUUAGUCACUGACUAUUGUCAGUGACCGAAGAUGUCGAAAAAGAAAAUUUUAAAAGCCGCUGAAAAAAUUAUUAUCGAGAAAUAUACUUCAUUGGAGGAAGUGGUUAUCACUUCAGAACUUUAUUCGCAGAUAUCAAAGGAGGCUAAAGUACAGUCAACGGCUGAUAUGCAGAGGGUUGUUCGGUACGCUGUAGAAUGCAAAGAGGAAUUCAGGCAAAAUUUGACUUUGCUAUUUCAAACGAAAAAAAAAGAACGUUCUAUUGCAAAUGAAGAUGGAGCUACCAGUAAGACGGACUCAGGAAAUGUAAAGAAGGACAUCAAGAAUAAUACAG